GCGGCGAUGAAGAAAAUUCAACUGUCUUUGACACGGGAACUGUUCAUGCGAAGCAUCGGUGAUCUGGCCGCAGAACCAUCCAUACGCUUUUCUGUCAAAAACCACGAUAGGUUAAAAAUAGGGCAUGGAGGGACACUGGUAAAGUAGAGUGACAAGUCAAAAGGUUGAAGUUUGUGGCACUGAACUCAAGAUCAUGUAAAAGGAUCCAAUGGCAGAAGGAGUUUUGGUGCUAGGCGUCGGUACCGGGUGUAAAGAACUUUCUCAAUUUCUCCAUUGUACCAAAGAGUACGUCGUCACGGCUAAAUUUGGUCACGCGACCAACACAUAUGACGCCGAAGGCCAUAUUACGCAUUCUGGACCUAUUGAUCACUUGACAGAGGAAGCCGUCUACAAAGCAUUAUCACAGUUUCGUGGACGAAUUACUCAACUACCUCCCAUUUACUCUGCUCUUCGAAUUGAAGGCAAACGACUGUACGAAUAUGCACGCGAGGGCAAGGCGCUACCUAAACCUAUUCAGCCUCGACCUGUGACGAUUCAUCAGUUGGAUUUGGUUAAAUAUAACGCAGACCAUUGUAUUCUCAGGGUCGAAUGCAGUAGUGGGACCUACAUGCGGAGUUUAGUUCAUGAUCUGGGGCAAGCCUUAGGAACUUACGCACACAUGACAGCACUCUUGCGAACCCGUCAAGGCUCCAUGACAUUGCAAGAUGCUCUUACCAUUGAGCCUUACGUAGAUUAUGAAGCAGUGUUUAAACGCUUAUCCAGUUAUCAAUAAAUAGACCGGAGAAAGAAAUCAAAAUGAAAACAAAACAAAAAUAACCAAAAUUGUUCACGGGAAAAAAAAGGGCUGCUGCGUUUUAUUUUUCUUACUUUCUUCUUUUCCCUUCCAGAUACUCAGCGCAUAUCGUCUUUCGCACAGCCAAUAUUCACCCAUCCAGCCCCUAGUUCGACCUCCCAUUUCC